AUCACUUGCAUUCAAGUCGAGCACAGAACAGGAACAAAUCAUCAAUUAUGAAAGCAUUCAUCGUUUGUCUUUCGCUUGCUUUUGCAAGCGUUUUGGCCCUUCCGGAGUACUAUGGUCACUUCCAACAGCAAUGGCCACAGCAGAAACCUCAGCCAAUACAAUGGCGACCACAGGAACCAGAAAUGCCUCAAUGGGGACAGGGACAACAAUGGCAACAACCAAUGCCACAGCCGCAGCCAGAGCCAAUGCAGCAUGCACAACCACAGGAAUCCCAAGUCUUCUCUCAAUACCAGCAGAACAUAAGCGAAGAUGGAUACAAAAUUGUUCCAGGAGUUGUCGAGCCUCGCUGCCCACGAACCGAUGACCCCAAGAAUCCUACCCAUCUGCCAAUUGCUGGGGAUUGCAGCAAGUUUAUGAAGUGCUUCGGAGGACGUGCAUACGCACAAAGCUGCCCUGGUGGUCUAGAAUUCGGAGUCGCUGUGAACCGUUGUGAUUAUCCGGCUCUUGCCAAAUGCAGCAACAAUGGUUGGUGAAUCGUUUUUAAAGGAUGAGUGU